GAGGACGAGAAGCUCGCGCGGCAGGGCAGCCGCGUGUCGGCCCUCGCCUUGGGAGCGCACGGAAGGCCGGGCGCCAGCAGCCGGGCAGACCUCCGCCGGGUGGCCAACGGGACGGCUCGGGCGUGCUCAAUGGCGACUCGCGCUGGAGCGGGCGUUGGUGGCAGCCAUCGCCGAUGCCGCGCCUCUGUCCCUGGGCCGCGCUGCGGGCUCUGCGUGGCAACCCCGUUGCCGACGACGAGGAAGGCCGCCAGUGCUGGCGGGGAGCGGUUGAGUUGCGAGACGUGGCAUCAUACGAAGCUGAUUUGUCCAAGCG